UUCCUCUGCUGACUCCUACAACAUGCAGCUCACAAAAUUUUAGAAAAGACUAAAAAUGUAUAGUUAUAUAACACACUGUGAGCUUGGAAAGAAAGCUGGUAGUGUGCAGAAAACAAUGCAAACAUUUUUGUGGACUCUCUCCUUUAUCCAAGUUUUGAUAAGUGUGACAGAGAGCAAGGCUGAAAGUGUUUUUAAUGGAACAGAGGGAGGCAGUGUGAAUAUCUCCUGUGAAUACCCUGAUGGAUAUCAAAAAAAUACCAUGUAUGUCUGUCAUGAUCCAUGCACUUAUUCUGAUGUCUUAAUUAAAUCUGAGAAAGUUGAUCAGGUCGUCUCUAAGGGAAGAUACACUGCGCUAAACACUCCGUCUGAACAGAGUUUCUCUGUCACCAUCAGAAAUCUCACAUUAAACGACGGAGUUUAUUACUGUGGAGUGGAGAAAUGGUUCAUGGACAUAUUGAUUGAAGUAAAGCUUACUGUCACUAAAGUUGUCUUGCAGUGUCAAAGCCCUGAUGUUACACAGCUUCCCUGUGCUACGACAUUGAUAUCAUGUACUGCAGAUAAUUUCACCUCAGUUGAACAAGCAUCAUCUACAACUCAACCUCAACAUUCUUUAGACCCACACAUUCAGUUGCUUGUUGUUUGUGGAGGAGUGCUGGGCCUAAUGUUGUGCUGUGUUCUUGCAACUCUUGUGAUUCUCUACAGAAAGAAAUCCAGCACACAAAACACAUCGUUGAAACCACCUGCUCCUGAAAGCCAAAUUUCACAUCCAUCAUCUGAUCAGGAGGACAUUUGGCAUGUGUAUGACGACAUGUUGACUGUGUAUAGUUUAGCUGGUCCAGCUAGAGGAGAUCAAUCUUCAGCCACCUACGGCACCAUUCAGCUCCCUGCUCCAGCAAAUAAUGACUGCAGUCUAUACUCUCUUGUAACUCCUCACUGAAAACAAUUAAAGCACCCGAUAUAUGUGUGGUGCAUAAUACACAAACGUAUCUUCUCUGUGCAUUUCAAGAAAAUAAGUACUCUUUUGCGCAUACACAGUCUUAUUUAAACUCCUAUAUUCCUUACGUAUUUAACCAACUAGCAAGAAGUAAGACUUGACAUGCUAUAUUUUAAUGACAUGGUUUCUAAAACAUCCUGUGAAAUUUGACACAUUAACCCAGUGCUUUUCUGUGACUAUGAUAUUCAUUUUUAUCCUGUCUUGUACCUCUUAUACAAACAUGUUCAUAUAAUGCUAAUACAGACUGAAAACACGUUCAACAACUGCAUCCACUGACCACACAUUGGUACUAAUGUUUCCUAAUGUUUCUGAGAAGGUCGUCCAUAAUUGCACCUACAAAAAUUGUCUGAAUUCUGAGAAGUGGAGAAAAGGAGCGUAGGUCAGCAUGCACACUUCCUUUCACACUCAACUACGGUGUUAUUUUUAAGGUGUGAAGUGAUACUGUUGUUGUGACUGAACGAAAAAGUUGUAUACCUACAUGCAUUACAACCUAUUCCUGAAACAGCGACAAAUUGUUGCUUAUACAACAUAUGGCAACAACAGUAAUAUAUUUAUUCAUUUAUUCAUUUUUUGGUACUAUAAAUGUGUUUCUUAUUUUUUUAGUAUUCUUUAAUAAUUGUUAUUGUUAAUUGCCUGCUUAAUGAUGAAAA